AUGCGGGAUAAUUACGCAAGUGCAAAAAAUGAAGUACCUAUCUUGAUAGAUUAUGGAUCCUCGACAAUCAAAGCAGUAAUGGCAUUGUUUUAUUGAAAGGGCUAUGCAACAUCAUAAGCUCCGGAUGUAGUGAUUCGCAGCUAUAUCAAUAAAUUUAAGGAUUCUAAUACACAAUCAAACCAAAUAGCAUAAUGGGAUACAGAUGUGUUUAAGAAUUACAGAUCUCCAUUUGAGAAGAAUCUCAUUUAGCAUUCUGGCGCAUUAGAAUAAUUAAAUGAUUUUGUAUUUGAAAGAUUAUAGGCUGGAAGACAUGGGAGAGUGAAUCAUCCAAUGAUAUUAACAGAAUGCUUUGCUACUACUGAUUUAGCAAGAAUGAUAGUGUUAGAGCAAAUGUUUGAAUGUUAUUAGGUGCCAAGUGUUAUGUUAGGAGUGGAUGCAUUGUUUUCUGUAUUUCAAGAUGAUUUGGAGGCUUAUUUAAAAUAAACAUAGCUUAUAGUUCAUCUUGGUGAUCAAACUGUUCAUGUAGUACCAAUUGUUAAUGGUCAAGUGGUAUAUUCAAAUAUCAAAAGACUGAAUUUGGGAGGUUUAAACAGUUUGAAAUACUUUUAUUAAACAAUCCAAUUAAGACAUCCACAUUUAAAAUUUACAUAUGCUCAAAUGGAUUAUUGGCAUAAAUAAUAUACUAGUGUGGCCAUAGAUUAUCAACUCUAAUUGCGUUAUUUUUAAGGACCAUAAUAAUAUUAUGGAUAUAGAGAUAAAAUAUCUGAAUAAAAUAGAUUUUAUGAUGAUUAAUUGUAAUUUUUAGAUCCAAUAUAUAUUGAUAUACCUAUUGUAUAGAAAAUUGUAAGUGCAGAAGACUUAAAGAGAAAGGAUGAAAAUAGAUAAAGAAUGAGAGUUAGAUUAUAGGAAUCUAUAUAAUAAAGUAGAUAAAACAAGAAGUCUUAAUUAGAAUAACAAUUAAUGUCAUUAUAAUAGGAAUUAGAAACAGAUUAAAAUAAUGAUGAACUUAAAAAGAAAAUUACAACUUUAUAAGUUAAACUUGGUUUAGCACCUAAAGAAGCUUUAGAUGAAUUAAAAUAUAAUUUAUUAAAUGUUCCUGAUGAUAAACUUACACCAUCUUAAUUAAAUUAAAAGAGAUAUUAAAAAGUUAUGCAUGAAUAAGCAUUACUCAAAAAAUAAAAAAAUUAAGAAUUUAAAUAAUUAUAAAAAGAUGCUAAUAAAUUUAAAUUAGAAGAACCUGAAAAAUAUUUAUAAAUGCUUUAUGAAAAAAGAGAUCGUAUAGUACUUUCAAUUCAAGAAAGAAAAAAAUUAUAAUAAGAAAUGAAUAGUAGGAAUUCAAGAUUCAAUUAAAAAAGAAUCUAAACUUUAGCUUUUCUUGGAGCUGAUGAUAAAGUUGAAGAUGACUUUNAUAUUAUCUAAAUGUUUGAUCAAUUUUAGCUAUUUUGA